GCUAAAUAGUAAACAAAAUAUUUAGCUGAGAUCCAGCCUCUUUAUUUUGCACUAAGGAGGCUGAAACUUAAAGCAAACAAAAAAAAGGAGGCUGAAACUCCAUUCAGUGUCUUUAAAUAUUUUCCACAAAUUUAUUCACAGCGUCGGAAGAAAGUUUACCACACACGUAAUGGCUGAGGUAAUUACCACUUCUCGCGUUGUUAUGCCGGAAUGUUGCCGUUGUUGUUUAGUGGAAGAGAACGACAUGGUCUUUGUGUUUGAUAUCCUGGAUGAGUUCGACAGUAAGAUAUGCGAUUUGAUUGGAAGUUGCGGCGGAGUCAAGAUUACAGAAAAUGACAAUUAUUCUAAAAAUAUAUGUGGCGAUUGUUUAAACGAUUUAGCCAAUACAGCACGGUUCCGUAAGCGUUGCCUUAAGGCGGAACGAAUUCUCCAAAAUGCUAUGAAAUUCACCGAUGUUGUCGGAGUAAGUCAAUCACUAACACAAAAUUCUCACGGGUUGAAAGAGGUGAUCGUAGAAGAAAUUAAACUAGAAGACGAUUACCCGAUAGCGGAAACUUUGAAUGAUAUCCAAAACCCACAAGAUGAAUGCGAAUCAACUAUUGAAUAUGUUGUAGCGGAAGACCCUAAUGCACUAGGGUUUCAUGAAUUUGAUUACGAUAACUUGAUCAGUAGUAAUAAUAGUGAAUUCGAAGAAAUAGAGACAAUCUACGAUCAAACGGAGGUUCUAGAUCAAUUCGAUAUCCAACCGGAAAAUAUUGAAUCCAGUGAGCCAAUUAGAACACAACCGCUGCAGCUUAAUUUUAUUUGUAUGGAAUGCGGAGCCGGGUUCGCAAUGCAAAAAAAUCUUGCCAAACAUCUUAUUAGUCAUGAAAAAUUUAUCUGUGCUGUUUGUUUAACGGUAUUUGAUAGUAAUAAAGAUCUUCGAUCACAUGAACCAAUUCACGCGACACAAAGUGAUACCAUUGACUCUCUGAUUGAUCACGAUGAAUGCACAAAUCAUCAACAUUUUAAACAUGAUCCUAAAAAGCGUCAUGUGUGCGUUUACUGCAAUAAAAUGUUUGCAUCGAAUUCUGCCCUGUUGGCUCAUGUCCGUGUGCACACACAAGAACGGCCGUUUCCAUGCACUUACUGUAUGAAGCGAUUUCGGACGGCAGGCGCACAGGAACUGCACGAACGACGCCACAGUGGCGUGAAACCAUACCGAUGCGACAUAUGUAGCCGGGGAUUUGCCGAAAGCAGCAACUUGAAGGUGCAUCGAAGAAUUCACACGAAAGAGAAACCGCACGUAUGCACCGUUUGCAGUCGGGCAUUCUCAAGGGUAUUUCUGUUGAAAAUUCAUCAGCGAACUCAUACCGGGGAGCGACCGUUUUCCUGCUCUGACUGUGGCAAAUCAUUUACGCAGCAGGGAGACCUGUGCGCUCAUAAACGUAUUCACACCGGGGAACGACCGUUCAAGUGCAAUAUGUGCGACAAAAAAUUCAUCAAAAGCAGUGGCUUGAGGCAGCAUAUGAAGCAGCACGGGAAACAGAUGCAACAUGUAUCUGUGAUAGGAACUUUGGAAAACUCCGAUAACGGUUUUGUGGAUAUAGAUUCAAAAUAGUACAUGAGGGAGCCAUUAUGGAAAAUGUAAAAUCACUGCCGGAUGUAUCUGUUAAUAUACACUCCUUUCAUUAAAAAAUUGAGUUUUCUCUUUCGGAAUUUUUAUGAGCAUGAGCACGAGCAUGAUUACCGUACAAUUCGUAGUUGCUGCGUGAUUGACCAGAACAGGCGAAAUUGCCCAGACAAUCAACGAAUGAGGCCUGCGAGUAACUAUGCAUCCUCAAUGUGCAAGCUUCGAGAAUUCUAUAAUUUGAAAUGCCAAUAACGUCGCCAGCCACUUCUUUACAGUCAUCGGGGAAGGGAAGGAAUGUUAGUGUAAAAUGGUGACCGUGUAUACCUCUGCAUCUCCACAUUUGCCACGGGAAGAAGUUUUUGUUUUUCGAAAAACAGCGAUUAAUUUUAAUGUAAAUUGUGGUAUUAUUAAUAAUGACAACUAUGUAUUGGCUUCUUUCUCCGCGGACGAUUGAUUCUUAUGUUAUAAUUAUUCGCGCGCGUUGUUACGCUAUCUAAUGCAUAUUUUAAACGGCAUAAAAUAAGACCUA